UGGAGACUUCCUCCACCACUCACACAGGGGUGGAGCAAAACCUGGAUUUCCCAACAAUAUACGUAAUUUGUAUCUAGCUUGCGUGAUAUCCAAUAGAAUGAGGAGAAAUUGAGACACUGUGGACAGCUUGUAUCUACUUAUGCACCCACGGCUAGCCUGAAACGCCAUCUUGAAUAGAGAGGGGGUUUAAACCGGGACAAAUCAGGAGAGGGGGCACUGAGGGAGACACACCAUUAUUUAUCUGUGGGUUAAAUCCUCCGGGCGCUGUCAGAUUGAACGAGUCAUGGCGCUGGACGUUUGCUGCACGAAAUAAAAGCCAGGCGUGAGGAAGUCGGCAGGGAGCUGGUUAGCAGCGAGCUAGCACAGGGGGGGUGGAGGAUUUUUUUUCGCAGCUGAAGUUGUUUUGUUUGUUUAUGUUAUUCCACUCGGACAUGUCCUCUUCAAACCCAGAGCUGCCAGAUCCAAAUCUGGGUAUGGGGGCGAGUGGGACCCAAGCAAGUGGUGGGACUGUUGUAUCAAAAGGGAGUGCCAACAAAAGAAGAGCGCCAGACUUUGAUGAUGAUGAAGGAAGCAAGUUGUUCAGGUGUGACGAUGAGACAACAGGCUCCAACAAUGACAAGGAGCGUUUUGCGAGGUUUUUGGAUGAAGAUCAGAGUUUUGCAGAUAAGGAAAAACUAGCAAGGGAGAACCACAGUGAAAUUGAGAGGCGGAGGCGGAACAAGAUGACUGCUUACAUCACAGAAUUGUCAGACAUGGUGCCCACGUGCAGUGCACUGGCACGGAAACCUGACAAAUUAACCAUCCUACGAAUGGCCGUGUCCCAUAUGAAGUCUCUGAGAGGGAGUGGCAGCACAAAUGCAGAUGGGACAUACAAACCAUCCUUUCUCACUGAUCAGGAGCUGAAGCAUCUCAUCCUGGAGGCAGCCGACGGCUUCUUGUUUGUGGUGUCAUGUGAGACUGGCCGUGUUGUUUACGUCUCUGACUCGCUGACACCCGUCCUCAACCAGUCACAGUCUGAUUGGCUUGGCUCCUCCCUUUAUGACCAGCUUCACCCAGAUGACACAGAAAAGCUCAGGGAGCAGCUCUCUACCACAGAGAAUAAUAACACAGGGAGGAUGUUGGACUUAAAGACAGGAACAGUGAAGAAGGAAGGCCAGCAGUCUUCAGUAAGAAUGAGUAUGGGAGCCCGUCGAUCAUUCAUCUGCAGAAUGAGAUGUGGCUCAUGCACCGUGGAACCCUUGUCUAUGAACAGACUUAACUUCCUUAGGACUAGGAACAGGAAUGGUUUGGGUGCAGCCAAGGAAGGGGAGCCCCAGUAUGUAGUGGUCCACUGCACCGGAUACAUCAAGUCCUGGCCCCCUGCAGGAGUGUCAUUAACAGAUGAAGAAGCAGACAACACUCAGGGGAGUCGCUACUGUCUAGUUGCCAUUGGGAGACUACAGGUUACCUGUUGCCCAGGUGACUCAGACAUGAACAGUAUCAGUGUUCCAGUGGAGUUCAUCUCACGCCAUAACUGCCAAGGCAUCUUUACCUUUGUAGACCAUCGUUGUAUGGCCACUGUGGGUUACCAGCCCCAGGAAUUACUCGGGAAGAGCAUUCUGGACUUCUCCCAUCCUGAAGACCAGGGCUUAUUGAGAGACAGCUUCCAACAGGUGGUCAAGCUGAAGGGCCAGGUUCUGUCAGUGAUGUUCCGAUUCCGCUCUAAAACCAGAGAAUGGAUCUGGAUGAGAACCAGCUCCUUCACUUUCCAGAACCCGUUUUCAGAGGAGAUAGAGUAUAUCAUCUGUACCAAUGCCAAUGUCAAUAGAACCUCGACUCAGGACCCCCCCACCCCCCUCUCCUCCCCAGGGGGCUCAUUGCCCCCCUCCCUGGGUCAAAGCAGCCCAAAUGGCCCGCCUGUGGUACUCAGCCCGGGCCAGGUGGCCACCAGGCAGUUACAGCAGCAGCAGCAGGCAGAGCUGGAGGGAGGUGGAGGAAGAGACAAUCUAUAUGAGGCAGGACCAAUCACCCUCUCACAGAUGCCAGUGCAGGCAGUGACAGCAGCAGGACCAGACCACAGUAAGAGCAUAGAGAAGCCAGAGCUAUUCCCCUCCCUUUACCCGGGUCAAGAUCAGACCAAGGGCCUUCCCUCCACCUCUAACCCUACCAGCCAGAUUUACCCUCCAGCCAACAACUACACUGCAGCCCGGUCCAAUGAUGCAUACAGGCCAGUUAAUAUGAACCCUCAGAUGGUGCAGCAAACUCACUCAGCAGGGCAGAUGCUGGCUCAGAUGUCUCGUCAGAAUGGAGCUCCCCCAUCAGUCCCCCCCUCCAGCACCGGCAGUCCACUGCAGGUGGGCCCAGCAGGAGGCUGGCCUGGGGCAGGUGCAGGUGCAGGUGUAGGUGUAGGGGCUGGGACCGGAGCCAGACCACCAUUCAACAACCAGCAGGUGGCUCCCCAGGCAGCAAAGACCAUGUCUCCACCGUUUGCUGCCAUGGGGGGAUUUGGCGGUGGCUCAUCCAACUCUUUUGGCCAGAUGCCCACAGGUGCUGCACCCACCCCUACCAGUGGUGCUAACUACCCAAAUAUCAAUGCACGUGCCAGCCUCAACACCAAUGGCUAUGAUGGUUCCCAAUCUGGGGCACAGUUCCCCUCCCGGGCAGCAGAGGCAGUGUGGCCCCAGUGGCAGGGCCAGCAGCACUCGCAGAGUAAUGCCGAGCAGCACCCUCACGCUCAGGGCAACCAGCAAGACAUGUUCUGUCCUGAUGUGCUGUCUAUGCUGGACCAACCUGCCAACUUCAACAAUGAUGACUUUGAGAUUCCCAUCUACCCUGCAUUCAAUGAGUGACCCGGUCGAGACUUUGCUGCCUGUUUAUUUGUCUUCCUUUCUCGUUCUUCCUCACUCUCUUACAUUUAGCUCUUUGGCUCCUCUUUUGAUUUUCCCUUACUGCUCCUGAGAGUAGCACUCUUCCCGCCUUGCCUAGCAUGGCUUAAAUUGCACUGCCACAAGCCAGUUAAAGAUGGAGGGAUAGACUUGAGACCAGGCAAACAGGCGAGGGAAAUCAAGGAAUAGCUACUGACAGAAAGAGAGGAUUAUUAUAACAAACAGGCCAUUGUGAGAGAAUUCUCUAGGUGGCACUGCCCAAAGCUCAACAACUCAUUAUACUGCAGGUUUAUACAUACACUUAUAGAUAUAUACGAACACAAUCAUAUAGCCAGAACAAUAUGGAUAGAUUACACCACACACAUGAAGGCCUUUCAUUAGUGGAAUUCUCAGAUACUCCUGGUUUUUCUCAGGCAUCAGUGAAGAGCUGUAUUAUACUAUUUUACCCUAUAGCAUAUAGACUAAUCACUCCAAUCAUUGUUUUAAACUCAGGAAAUUGCGGGGACAUACAGCUUUGGUGAUUUUUUUUUUUUUUUUUUUGUUACAUUCUCAGCUUUUGCACGCAAACUACCACUGUCUGUACUCACCUGACUCACUGUUUUCAACCCACAGCAUGUCAGCACUCACAUGGCUGCUUACAUGGACCGCUUCUACAGUGUGGCGACUUAUACUGAAUUAAUGUUGUUUUUCUAUGUGCAUUGAUGGCAUCACCUAUAAAUUGGUUUAUUUUUUUCUCGCAGGGAAUAUGUAGUUUGUCUUUGUUGAAUGAACUAGUUUGACAACACAGACACAAAGUAUAAUAAUGGAUACCUAUGUCUGAGUGAGUGCCCUUUUGAAAUGUAUACAUUCUAUUACAUUUGCCUUCAUGCACAUGGAUACAUGUGUGUAGUGAAGGUAAAAUUAAUGCAUACAGUAUCAUUCUUAACUUGAACACAAUUGUAGGGUUUCUGACUUGCUUGAUUUCCUCCUCCUGUUGUCGCUCUAUAUUACCCAGCGCACUCUUCCUCCACCGUACCAAGUAUGGGCUUUUUGUACUCCUUUUUGUAAAAGAAAUUUAAAAAAAAGAAAUCACAAAGCAAUAACUAACAAGCAGGAAUUAUGUACUUUUAAAGCCAUUCUUUAUUGUUGUCCUAAAUGUUUUUCUUAAUUGAUGUUAUUUUAAAAUGGAGAGACAUAGUGGUAAUGUUUGAUUUAAUUGAAAUGUUUCCCAAGUAUUGUUUCUUGUUAUUUCAAGCUUUUGAUCUCUUUACCUCUUCAUUACCCUUUUAUGAUUGGUAUUAUAAUAUAACGGUUAAUCAGGGUUGUAUUCAGGAUAAAAAAAUGGAAUAAACAGAGCUGAAACAAUAUCUCGUUACGACUUAGACAAUUUGAAAAAGAGUUUUCUUCAUUUUUCGUCCUCUUGUUUUGUGACUAACAUUUGGACGAGGACUGAAUUCUUGCCAAUGAGAUCCCAACAACAUUGUAUCCUGUGUUUAACAAUCAACUUUUUGGUAUGCUUGUUUAUAGUAUGGAAGGAUGUCAGUCAUGGGAUGAGAGAUUACACUUCCAAAAGUUAAAACAUUUUAAAUUAAAUUUUAAGUGUGGCAUUUGUUUUAAUUUGACCCAUUUAGUACCAUUUUUCAUUGUCUGUGUGUAACACUCGCACAUUCAUGUUGACAAAUGUAAAUUAUAUGUAAACCCAUGUUGAUAGUGUCCUAUUCCCAUUUUCAAAAGGGUGGUAUUUUGGUGACUGUGUUGUCUUGUUAUUGUUUAAAACCUCUUUGGUUGCUCUGAGUCCAGGUUUUUUCAAUGAUGUGAACUACAGUUUAUAUCACACAUAGAAACACAAAUAUAUAAAUAUACUGUAUAUGUAUAUGAAAUGUUUAAUGAGACAAAGAGUGUUUGGUUUUUGUAUUAAAUUGUUAUAUUGUCAAAAGUCA